AUGUCUAUGAACACAGAACAGGAGAAACCUCUCCUCCCUCUCUAUUCCGAUAUCCCAGAGCAGAAGCCUGCUCCCUUACCGCCGCAACAGCGAGAGGAUACCUUAGCUACCAAAUAUGCAUGGUUGGCUGUUUAUUUCGGGCUCAAUUUGGCCCUUACUCUCUAUAAUAAAUCGGUGAUGGGCUCAAAGCCUGAUCGUCCGGCAUUAUUCCCAUUCCCUUACCUCCUUACAGGAUUACACGCCCUAUGCGGUUCUAUAGGAUGUAUGUUCUUUUAUGCCCGUGGAGCUUUCACAUUCACAAGGUUAUCAGAGUAUGAAAAUAUCAUCAUGCUGUUGUUCUCUGGCCUAUACACCAUCAACAUUGCUAUUUCCAAUGUGUCGCUGAACUUGGUCACCGUCCCUUUCCAUCAGGUCGUCCGUGCCAUGACACCUUUCUUCACCGUCAUUAUUUUCGUCGUCUGCUUCCGAAAGACUUAUGGAUACAUGACAUAUAUCUCCUUGAUUCCCGUGGUAGCUGGUGUCGGUUUCGCUACAGCUGGUGACUACUACUUUACACCUCUCGGCUUCUUCUUGACCCUCCUAGGCGCUUUCCUCGCUGCUUUGAAGACCGUCGUCACCAACAAGGUGCAAACUGGAAGACUCCGACUCACCGCCUUUGAGCUCCUAGCUCGCAUGUCGCCGCUCGCGUUCCUCCAAACCCUUCUCUACUCUUAUUAUACUGGAGAAAUGGCCAAGGCCCGAGUAUGGUUCUUCACCUCCUACGACAACCAAAAGGCCAUGAUUUUGCUCUUGAACGGUGCCAUUGCAUUUGCCCUAAACGUCAUCAGCUUUACCGCCAACAAGAAGACCGGAGCAUUGACAAUGACAGUCGCAGCCAACGUUAAGCAGAUCCUCACCAUCGUCAUCUCGUUCGCCUUCUACGACCUCAGAGUCACCUGGCUCAAUUCCGUUGGAAUCAUGCUUACAUUGAUCGGUGGAGCUUGGUACGCAAAGGUGGAACUAGAAGCCAAGCAGAGGAACAACCUACAACCGAAAGAGGGACCACCAUCACUACAGCACGUCGUUGUCACAAAGUCGUGA